AUGUCUGAAGAGAUCACGCCUUUCAAGGUCGACAUUCCCAAAGAAGAUGUCGAGCGGUUGAAACGCAAGCUCAAAGACACCAGACUGCCACCGAAAGAGAUCGUUCCUAAUGCAGGAAACAAAUACGGUCCAACGUACGAAUGGGGAAAGAAUCUUUACGAUGCCUGGAUAGGAGACUUCGAUUGGUUCGAGCAUCAAGAAAAGAUCAACUCUGCACCGCACUACAUGACCCACAUUGAGGGGGUCAAGAUUCAUUUUGUGCAUGCGAGAUCCAAAAGGGAGGACGCCAUUCCUUUGAUCAUGGUCCACGGCUGGCCAGGCUCCUUCUACGAGUUUAGCCAGGUCUGGGGACCAUUGUCUAAUCCCGAAGAUCCAAGUCUACCCGCGUUUAACGUAGUUGUUCCCUCCAUGCCAGGGUACUGUUUCUCCGACUGGCCACCAAAGGCCGGCUGGACGCUGCAGGACAACGCCCGCCUCUUCGACGCACUCAUGAAGCGACUGGGGUACAAGGAGUACAUGAUCCAGACCGGCGACUGGGGCCACUGGGUCGGGCGUGAGCUGGGAUCGAAAUACACUGACUCCUGCAAGCUGGUCCAUUUCAACUUCGCUCCAUCUCCACUACCGGAAGGCGUGGAGUACACAAAGCGCGAGCAGGAAGUACAGGCUCGAGUCGACGACUGGCUGGAGAACCACAUGGGAUACGCCAUCAAGAUGAGAACACGCCCGCAUACGAUCGGGUUCGGCUUCAACGACAAUCCGAUGGGAAUCUUGAUGUGGGUCGGCGAGAAGUACAACGAAGCCGCGGAUCCGGAAAAGCAGAAGCGCAGGUACUGGACGCAAUGCAUUCUGGCGACCGCGAGUCUGUACUACUUCACGGACUGCAUCAUGCCCAGUAUGCUGUGCUAUUAUGAGAAUGUCCGCCAUGAGAAUUUUGCCAGCUUCGCGAUGGAGGAGCACAAUCGCAUCACUGUGCCGUUCGGGUAUACGUCCUUUUACUGGGACACGGAGCCGAGUUCGAAGCGUGCUGUGGAGAGGACGGGUAAUUUGGUGUAUUACAAAGGUGAGGAGUCCGACCCGCUCCCGGGUUUCGACCAUGCUGACUCGACCAGAACGAAAUGA